AUGGUACAAUAUGGGUAUCAUUUGAGCAUUCAACCACUCCUCGAAGUGCUAAAAUUACAACCUGUAAAAAGAAGAUCAUCUAUCUCGCCCUCCAAAAUCGUAACAGUACUUUCAAAGAAGCAAAAAGGCUUUUCGGACACCAAACCAGCAAUGGUGAGCACGGGGACUCAAAAAAUGCCUACGUUCAAAACUGCAAGAGGAAGAAAGAAGAAACUUUGGAAAGUGGAAACCUUCUAUGAACGUGGUGAUGGUAAGAAAAUCCAGGUCAUCAGAUGUGCCACCUGCAGAACGUUUGUGAGUAAAGAUGCUACUCAAUGUAAGGUGUGUGUUAACAAAGCCCUUGGUAUACAUGUUAUCAGAAGAAAACCGAAAGAACCUAAGACAGAUGAGAACAAGACAGAUACCAAGAAUCAAAAAGUACCGAAAAAGGUAAAGAAAGAAGCGUCUUCCGUACCCAAAUCAUUAGAAGUCUCUACUGUUAAGAAGGAAGUGAAGAAGGAAUUGAUCGAAGAAGGACAAAGCACUACUACCUCUAAAUUACCUGAAGCUGUUACUAUCAAGAAAGAGGUAAAGAAGAAAGAGAAACCUGUUGGCGCUGUAAAGUCGAAAAAGAUCAAAGUCCCUGCUGGUCGUGUAAAGCCAGUAAAAAGCAGAUGUACUCUCGGAUGUAAGCGUUGCCUAUCUUGUAGAACUUUUCUUAAAAAGCCUUUGAAAGGUCUUUGCGACAAGUGUAAGAUAUGGUGUGGGAAAAAAGCCGUGAAAAAAGAAGGAGAUGCAGUAAAAGUGAAAGAACAAGUUGAUGUUGCUGAGAUAAGUGCAAAGACGAUCGAUAAGCCUAGUGUGAAUGUUUUGACCGAUGUAAUUGUUGCUAAACAGGAAAAAGUAACAAAGGGUAAACAGUCAACACCAAAGAAAGGUAAAAACAAACACCCUGGUGUUGAUCAGGCGAGCGAGUUGUUAAAAAAUAAUUGACAUUUAUGUAUAGACGUUUUAUGUAACAUUAUUAAUGGUUUUAGAGUUUAAGUUGCAAAUGUUUAACACGUUUUAAAUUUUACUUAUUCACUUAAUAUUAACAGUUCAUGGUUCAUGUUACAUGUAUAUGGUUAUUUAAUAAAUAUUUGGAGCACUAUUUCGGGUUUCAUUGGUAAUGGUCAUUGUCUAUCAGAGCCGUGCACUUUAACUCUUAGUUGGAAGUUGCUUCGGCCUGUUAAUCUG